UACAGAGUUGCCGGACUUUUGUCUGAACAGCUGACGACGCUCAGCCGGCUUUUUGGCGGUCAUGUUUACAAAUAAAAUUUGUUUUACCAAUUAAACUUGAAAUAAACAUGUCCUGAAUGGCGCUCAAAAUUGAAAACAUUACAAAUUGCUUUCUACCACAAUUGGUCGAUCAGAUCUUUGAGAUAUAUCGAAAUCAAGCGGCGACCAACAGCCUAACAAAAGAACAACGCGGGCAGUUGUUUUACGAUUUAUCCACUUUAUUGGGCGAGGAGCUGGUCUUACGAUCCCUCCACCUCUUGGAUGAGUAUAGCUUCGUCUUCUUCUACUCCAAACUCAACCGCAAUAUUUGCGUGGUGGAGCUUUCCAAAGGAUCUGAGUAUUUCCGGCUGCUUCCGAAGGUAAACUACUGCAAGUGCGAGUUCUUCAAGUGCCACGUGCUACAGCUGCCCAAGGGACUGCUCUACCACGACCUUCCCCGCGGACUAGUGGGUAUUCUGGAGGAUUGGAGCGAGGAGAGCAGGGUGUCCUACACCUGCCCGCACGUCCUCGCAUUGCGACUCCACCAAUUGCUAAAGCUCACAGGCAGGAAGACAUCCGAACAGAUCCUCAAAAAGGACGAGCUCAAGGAACUGCAGAGGCAAAUCUACCGGGACUAG